AUGGUUACCAAUAUGAAUCCCGAAGAGGACUUCAUGACUAUCUAUGCGGCAGAGCAAAGAAUGGCGAUGACGGAAGCCGCGAGGAAGAAAGAGUUGGAUCAAGCACAUUCCCAUUUGAAGUCACUGGCCAAGCUUCUUGACGCAGCGCGCACAUCUUCGACGCGUCCGAAGUCUAAACCCACACCUCAGCAGCACGCAGCCAAUAUCAGCCACUUGGAAGAAACGAAAGUAUCCCUAGGGAAGGCUAUUAAUGACGCUGAGAGCUCACUUGCGUACAAGGAAGCUGAACUCGCAGAACUGAAGGAGGAGACCAAGAUAUUGGAGGAAUCUGACCCUGCGACGGAGCAUGAAAAUGAACUUGACGGCACAGCACUACGUUUGGCUAUAUUCAAAGGCAUUGGCUUCGAGCCUAUCGUGGACGAUUAUGGAAACGUUGUGAAAAUGCUCAUCCGAUCGCGAUCUGGCGACGUCCACUGUAUACAAUUUGACGGUACCAAGCCCGACCAUGAAUUCGCCGAUAUGUUGUGGGAGUUGGUGGUUUCAUAG